UUUUUUUUAACUUCUAGCUGAAGUGCGGAUGUGAGUUGCAUAUUGAUACGGAACAGGCCGCCAGAUUCUCCCUGUUUCUUUAAAAAGCGAUGCGGGUUUAGGGGAUGAUCAUUUCGUGGAGCUAUGAAUCCAGAGGAGCAGACGGUUACAUGGCUGAUUUCUUUAGGAGUCCUCAGCUCGCCCAAGAAGAACAUAGCGGACCCGGAGGAGUUUCUGAAAACAUCCCUGAAGGAUGGAGUCGUCCUGUGCAAGCUCACGGAGCGGCUCAUACCUGGCUUCAGCGCCAAGUACUGCCACGACCCGAGAACUGAAGCCGACUGCGUGUCCAACAUCAGGGAGUUUUUGAGAGGAUGCUCGUCCUUGAAAGUGGAGGGGUUUGAACCGGAGUGGCUAUACACCGGCGAGAACUUUGGCAAGGUGCUGACGACUUUGCUGGCGGUCAACUUCGCCACACAAGAUUGUGCUGCUGAGAGAUGUCCACAGUCCAGUACCCCCUCUCCUAGUCAGACGACGGCUUCACACACUCUGUCCUCGGCCAAAUCCAAAGGCUCUCUGCGCAGACAAUCUAAAUCAGUGGAAAUGUCUGAGAACGGUGGUGGUGGGCAGCUGAUGGUGAAGGCCCGCUUCAACUUCAAGCAGAACAACGAGGACGAGCUGUCGUUCAGUAAAGGUGAGCUGAUCCUUGUGACGCGGCAGGAGGAGGGAGGAUGGUGGGAGGGAACGCUCAACGGCAGGACGGGCUGGUUCCCCAGUAACUACGUCCGCGAGGUCAAACCCUGCGAAAAGCCAGUGUCUCCUAAAGGAAAUCAACUGACCAAGAACUACUACAGUGUGGUGGUUCAGGACAUCUUGGAACAUGAGCGGGAGUUUGUUAAAGAAUUACAAACAGUGCUGAGCUGUUACCUCCGACCUCUGCAAGCCAGCGACAAGCUGAGCAGUGCAGACAGCGCCACUCUGUGUGGAAACCUGGAGGAGAUCCUGGCCUUCCAGCAGGGACUAUGUUCGGCUUUGGAAGACUGCACCAAGGUCCCAGAGGGGCAGCAACGAGUGGCAGGCUGCUAUUUAAACCUGAUGUGUCAGAUCAAGACUCUGUACCUGGCUUACUGUUCCAGCCACCCGUCAGCUGUCUGCAUCCUCACCGACCACAGCGAGGAGCUAGACAAAUUCAUGGAGAGCCAAGGAGCCAGUGCUCCAGGAAUCCUCACCCUGACCACCAGCCUCAGUAAGCCCUUCAUGAGGCUCGACAAAUACCCAACGCUGCUGCAGGAGCUAGAACGACAUGUGGAGGAAGCCCAUUCAGAUUAUAUUGACAUUGUAAAGGCAACAUCAGCAUUUAGGAGCCUAGUGACGCAGUGCCAGGACCUGCGAAAGCGCAAGAAUCUGGAGCUGCAGAUCCUAUCGGAACCAGUGCGAGGCUGGGAGGGAGACAGCAUGAAGAGCCUGGGUCACGUUGCCUACAUGUCGCAGGUCCAUGUGAGGAAUGGCUGCAGUGAGGAAAAAGAGGAGCGCUACCUGAUGCUUUUCCCUAAUGUGUUAGUUAUGCUCUCUGCCAGUCCCCGGAUGAGUGGCUUUAUUUAUCAGGGAAGACUACCACUAACAGGCACCACAGUAACAAGACACGCAGAAGAUGCAGACAAUGGCCACUAUGCCUUUGACAUCACAGGAAGCAUGAUUGAUCGUAUUACAGUGUUCUGCUGUAGUGCCCAGGAGUUACAGGAAUGGCUAGAGAACCUGCAGCCUUUCACCAAAGGAGGAAGUCCUGCAGGCACAAUUUCAAAGAAUGUAGACGGGAAGCCGCUGAGCAUGGUCGGUACCCCGACUCACCUGUCCCACCUGGGCAGCCUCAGCGCUGUCAGUCGCUGCCCCCUGGAGCAGCCAAAGAUCAACAAACCCUGGUCUCUCAGCUGUCUGCGCCCAGCACCUCCCCUCAAGCCCUCCGCUGCACUGGGAUACAAAGAGAGGAUGUCUUAUAUCAUGAAGGACUCCAGCAAGAGCCCGCGGCCCAUGAAGAAGUUCCUGCCGGGCAACAGGAAGAAAGAGCGCAAACCCUCCGAUGACGAGGUUCAGACGAGGAAAAGCACGGCCGCUCUGGAGGAGGACGCUCAGAUACUGAGGGUGAUUGAGGCGUAUUGCACAGGAGCCAGCCUGCACCAGACCAGCACAGCGGUGCGGAAAGAGUGCGUCCCUCAGGUGCUGCUGCCUGAGGAGGAGAAGAUUAUCGUGGAGGAGAUGAAGAGCAACGGGCAGACAGUUAUUGAGGAAAAGAGCCUGGUUGAUGCUGUGUAUGCUUUAAAGGACGAGGUUCAUGAAUUGAAAAAGGAGAAUAAGUGGAUGAAGCAGUUUCUGGAGGAGGAGCAAAAGUCUCGUAAAGAGCUGGAGAGAGUCGUCCGAAAACUGGCCAAGCAGAAGAACGAUUGUGCUUGGGAGGACAGCAGCCACUGAACACAUCCGUUCAAUCAUCCUCAUCGGUGUGUUGCUGUGCACGAAUGAGUACCUUUAUGUAAGCAUGUUUGUGGAGGGACAGGAAGGGUCAUGUGUGUGUGUGUGUGUGUGUGUGUGUGUGUGUGUGUGUGUUUGUGUGUGUGUGUUUGAGUAUCCGUGUUCCGUCUUCACAUUUCAAUCACACAUAGCAGAGUUGGACUCCCUCUCUGACGAUGAUACCUGGAGCUUCUUCGCUUCAAGUUCUGGAGCUUGAUUUGACGUUACGAUGAAAUCUGAUCUGUCUUCCUGAUCCAGCCUCACGAGAUGAGUCUAUAAACGUGCUUCCUCCUGAAGCAGCUCAGCUAAACCGAGACGUUUCAAACCUACUGCUCCAUGGCGACUGGCACUGUGAACACUCCCCAGCAAAUGGAACAAUUCUGGACAAGGACAAAACGAGUUCUCCACUGUUACUUUUGCUUCUGUUGGAUAGAAAAGGAGUACAAAGCCAUCACGUCUAAUAGGUCUUCUCUUGCAUGCACUUCUGUUACCAAGGGGACAGAUUUUCUUCUCUUCGAACCAUGACUUUGUCUUUGUCGUAUUUUAUUUGUCAUGAGGGUCCCCUGCGGGGAAAAUAGGUUAUGUUGCGCUUUCAUGAUUAUGUGUGAUUUGCUUUUUUGUUACAUUCUCGACAUCCACAUCACACAUUUCCAGGCUGUUUUGUAGGCGUUUAAGCAAGUCAAAGUCAUCUUAAAUUGUGUUUCCAAAUGCAGCUUUUUAUUUAAAAUCUGCAUGAAUGUACAGUCUUUCUACGGUAUGAAUUCUGCAUCAGAAAUGUGAUAAUCAAGAUAUUCAGAUAUGUAGUCCAAAGCUAUCAGGGAUGCAGCUAAUAAAAUAGGAAAUACUUAACUAUAUAUAUCAUUUACUAUACAAGAAUAAGCAAAUAAUGACAAAGAUGUUACCCUUGCUCUUCUUACUAAAAUAUAUUCAAAAGUCAUUUUAACAUAUUGAAUACCUAGCCUUGCUUUAUUUUGGAAUUUUUAAAAAGGUUCUUUAUUUAUUGUUCACCCAAGCAUUUAAUUAUGGUGUUAGCCUUAUGGUAUAUAUAGUUUUGCUGCCUUUACACCUGUCUGGAACUUUAAUAUACAACAGUGAUAUGUAAAGACAAAAACAAAAAAACUCCCUGUUUUGGCCAAGGGAAAAUGUGUUUUUUCCAUCCCAGAAGAAGAAAAAUUCCUUUAGUAAUGAGCCUGCCUUGAGGAUUUAGAAGUUUUUGUUUUGUGGCCUGUCAGGUUCCUGCAGAGCUGAUGGAGACAAACUGAGGAAAUAAACAGAGAGAGAUUUAUUUGUUGCUGUAGUGUAGAGCUCAAAUGUUCAAGUGCCUCCCAAAGGGGUCCGUAGACUUAAAGAGAGUUAAAGACCAGCCUGGGACUAAAUGCAUAAUUUAUACUGAAAGACGUCACAGAUGGUUUGUUGUAAUAUUUCAAUUAGAACGACUCAAGUUUAGUGGGUAUAUAGGGGGAGCGGGGGUGAGAAACUACUAGGUCUUUGCGUGCGAUGUAAGGUGCAGGACCCACAGCGGUACAUUUCCUCAUGAGGUUUAGCGUGCACACUGUCAACACUGCUAUCUGAUCUCGCUGCACGCAGAGAAGCAGUGGUUGCUAUUGAAAUGCAAUAAGUGACUGCUUUACUGACUGACCUCCGGGUUAAUCCCAGCAUGGUUGGACAGAUUUGGAGAAAAUGCAAUAAUAAUGAAUUAAUUAACCCGAUUUAUUAACCAAAAAAAGGCCCCGACAUGUGGUUCAACCUCCACACAGUUAGGCUGUUCAUUAUGUUUCAUUUGCGUCUAUUUAAUCGAGUCUAUUGGUAUUAAUAAUUGUUGUUUAAAGAUAACUGACUAGGUCCCUUUUUUUUUUAAUCACAAAUGAUCCAACGUAUACUGUAAUACUGUACAAUGUCUGUUGGGAAGUGCUGUUUUUACAUGCACCUCUUUCCAGGGACUUCAGAGCACUGUGUAGGGUACAAAGCAGCACUGGUACAUCUGCAGAAGAGUGACUGUCUUGCUCAAGGGCUCUUCUGCGAGUUUAAUGCUUGCUUGGAUGCUGGAGUUGAUCUGUAUUUGUUUUUUCCUAUUCGGACACUCUGGCCAGAUUGUCUUCAGCGUCACUGCUGCUUCCUGUACAGAUGUACGACUCUGUCUCAUCAUAUGUUCGCUGCUGAGAUUAACAUUAUUGCUGUUUCUGUAAAGACUGUUUUCAUUUAGCGCCACAUACUGUAGUUUGAAAUUCCCAAAUAGCCUCAGUGAGCACUUACUGGUGGGAAGGGGGUUGAACUUCAGUUUCAACUUGUUUAUCUGAAAUAAUAUCUCCAGACCACUGUGUGUGUUGUUUUUGACAGACUGUUCUAUGCAAUUAUUGUUGUUGCAAGUAUUGUAAUGCUUUUUUUUUUCUAGACACCCUGUACUUUAUGUUUGGUAUGAUCGUUCUUUUAUUAAAAGUUUAAUAUAAUAAGCGGA